AUGUCUGAGGAACAGAACCCAGCCCAACAGCCUCCCGCGCAGGGAAAAGUGAGCAAGGACGAACGAAACCUUGUCGUUUCAUUCAUCCAAUUCUUGCGACAGAAAGUCUCUGCAAAUGAAUGUUCAGUUGACCAGAUCGAGGCCUUGGAAGUGGCCAUUCAAUGCAUCGAAGGUGCGUUCGAAGUCUCCGAUAAGAACUAUGCUUUCCAACCGAGCAAACCGUUGAUUGAGAUCUUCAAGCAAGCCGAAGGAUUGAGUGGAGAGGUGAGAUUUUAAAUCGUUUUUUUUUGUUUUUAGGUGAGAGCAACCGAUUUAUAAUUUUGGGCGAAUUCCAAUCAAGAGUUUACGUUUUAUUACUCAAGACAACGGCCACUUUCUUGCUUCGAAGACUGUUUUCUAUCUAGAAAGCUUAUUUUUGUCAACGUUUCGUCUAAAACUCCCUUUCGGUUCAUAAAAUUCGGCGACUUUUUCUAUAAAGGUCGUCAAUUAGCGAUAACUACGUAAAAUAUAGUCAAUUCACCUCAUUGAAUUUUAAUUCUUAGCUGAGUUGGUCGUUUUGUUUUGGAGUAUAUUGAAAAACUCGAUAGUAUUAACUAUUUGAAUGAUGAAUAAGGUAAUCAAAUUUUAUGAUUAUAUUUUGUUCCAGGAGGAAGAAGAGUUCCCCACUCCAACUCAGGCCGAGAUUGAUCAGGCAAAUAAGUUGAAAGAAGAGGGUAAUGAUCUCGUCAAAGCCGGUCAGUUUCAAGACGCCAUCCAGAAGUACAACGAGGCCAUUAAAUUGAACAGAGAUCCUAUUUACUUCUGUAAUCGGUGAGUAUUUUCGUAUUGGUUUGUUUUAUGUUUAGACUUGAAGGAGGAACCACAGAUGUCAAAUUUUUUGAUGCUUGAAAUUUGACAUUCAUGGACAAUGUAAAUGUUAUCUUUUCAGAGCUGCAGCAUAUUGCCGUCUGGAUCAACACGACUUGGCCAUCCAAGAUUGCCGCACGGCUUUGGCGUUGGACCCCAAAUACGCUAAAGCAUAUGGCCGAAUGGGAGUUGCUCUCUCUUGUCAGAACCGAUACGAUCAAGCCGUGGAAGCCUAUAAACACGCUCUGGAAUUGGACCCCAACAACGAGAGUUACAAGCAGAACCUCUCCAUCGCCGAAGACAAGCUGAAAGAAGCCCAAGAAGCAGCUGGAGCACAAGGUGCGGCACCCGGAGCCAAUCCUUUUGCUAAUUUGGGUGGCCUCGGUGGACUUGGAGGUCUCGGCGGCUUACUCAACCCGCAAAUGGCUGAGAUGGCAGCUCAAAUGAUGCAGGAUCCUAAUGUGCAAAACAUGAUGUCGCAGAUGAUGGGUGCCUUCGGGGGACAAGGAGGAGCUCCAGGCCAAGAAGGCGCCCCGGCACCGGGCCUCGAUAAUUUGUUGAGAGUGGGAGAACAGGUCGGUGCGGGGAUACAAACCUUCCUUGGGGCUGUGGCUCAGGUCAGCGAGAUGUAGUAGAGUUAGAUGGUUUAGUUGGAAUUAGUUUUAGAAAUUGUUAUAUUAUUUUAGAUAGUUAAUUCCUAGUGUAAUAUAAUUUUGCUCGAGAUAUGACUGGAGAUAUGGCUGUCUGUCUCUUUUAUAGUAUAUAGUACUUUAGUAAUGUCAUAUUUGUGUUUUAGAUUGCUGAAACAAUGCAAAGAAGCAACCCCGAACUCGUUGAAAACCUCCGUCGCCAAUUCGACGCCACUCGCGGACCCUCCGGCCCCAACGACCAAAAUCCCAACCCCGACCAGAACCCCGGACAACAAUAA